AAAAGUAGUUAGUAUAACAUUACUAGCAGCAAGAGUAACACCUACAGGUUUUCCAAAACAACAAAUUUAAAUUCGUAACACCUACAGGUUUUCCAAUACAACAAAUUUAAAUUCGUUAGUCAACCAAAAUCGUGUAACUAUGGUUGGUACCGUCAAUCACGGAAUUGUCGUUCGUCGUCGUAGGUCUCGUAGAUCGCGCAGAUCUCGCAGAUUGCGUGCACAGGGAAAUAAUCCACUUUGGGGACGGGCAAACGUCAUAACCACACAGAGAACGUCGGCAGCGUUGAAUGCACUUGCUGCAGGAAACCGCGAACCAAAUUCGUUGUUAGUAACGGUGCGGUAUUCGCAUCGGCAUUAUUUUUUCACCUUGGCGUCAAGUGAAGAUCCACAGAAUGAGAAUUAUAGCGUUCAGAAUCCCAAUCUGAAUGGCCAGAACCAAGAGGUCCAAGACGGCAAUGGACAGCAUCUUCGUCCGGCAGCUCAGGAUGCUGAUGAAAACAACAAUAUGCUAAAUCAAAAUCCUGAAGUUCCCGAUGCCAAUGAUCUGGAUGAUGAAAUGCAGGAGGAUCAUGAGGAUCAUGCCCAGGAUCAGAAUUAAGAUUUACGGAGAAUAGCGAAUUACUAACUAGAUACUUUUCAUGUUUAGACAAUGGUUAAUGUAUAGUUCUGCAAUGGGGUUUCUAUUAUACAACAUAUUAUUUAUAUGAAUGUGUAGCCGGUCCCAAUUUUAAAAUAUAUUUAUAACCCAAAAGGAGUAAA